AUGGAUUUAGUGAAUCACUUGACUGAUCGUUUGCUUUUCGCCGUCCCAAAGAAGGGUCGUCUUUAUGAAAAAUGUAUUACCUUAUUGAAAGGCUCGGAUAUCUCAUUCAACAGAAAUAACAGAUUGGAUAUUGCCCUUUGUACCAAUCUACCAAUAGCCUUAGUGUUUUUGCCAGCGGCUGAUAUUCCAACUUUUGUUGGUGAAGGUCGUUGUUCACUUGGUAUCACUGGGGUUGAUCAAGUUAAAGAAAGCGGAGUGGAUGUCGAAUUAGCCCUUGAUUUGGCAUUUGGUAAAUGUAAAUUACAGCUACAAGUACCACAGAAUGGACCAUACAAGGAACCAAAGCAAUUGAUUGGUAAGACUAUUGUUUCAUCGUUCACCAACUUGACAAGACAAUACUUCGAGGAAUUAGAGGGGGUAAAACCAGGUGAACCAAUCCAAACUAAGAUCAAGUAUGUCGGAGGCUCCGUUGAGGCAUCUUGUGCUCUCGGAGUUGCUGACGCUAUUGUUGAUUUGGUCGAAUCUGGUGAAACCAUGAGAGCUGCUGGGUUGACCGACAUUGACACUUUGGUGACCACUUCCGCCCACUUGAUCAAGAGCAAACACCCAUCUCACCCAGAAUUGGCAGAAACCAUCACUUCCAGAAUUGCCGGUGUUUUGUUGGCCCAAAAAUACGUUUUGUGUAACUAUAAUGCCCCAAGAGACAUUUUACCAGGGGUGUUACAAUUGACUCCUGGUCGUCGUGCCGCCACAAUUUCCCCAUUGGAAGAAUCUGAUUGGGUUGCCGUGAGUUCAAUGAUCGAAAAGAAAGAAAAGGGUAAGAUUAUGGAUGGCUUGAAGAAAGCUGGUGCUUCGGACAUUUUGUUGUUUGAUAUUUCUAAUGCUCGUGAAUAG